GGGGCCUGGGGGUGCAUCGUAGAACAAAAGAGCUGUCGAAGUUGCGAAUGUGAACGGCCAAAAAGACUAGGAGAAUUAACGCCGGGCUCAAGAGAAAAAAAUUAUUCAUCGAUUGCUAGGUUUAAGUAGGGUAGAAAGAUGGUUCCUACUGCCACCCUGUUCCACAAUGGCCGAUUUUUCCGGUCCGGGCUCAAGGGCGAAGACUACACCUUCGCCGAUGCCAUGCUCGUCGACGGCGCCGGCAAGAUCGCCUACGUCGGCAGCUCGAGCGACGAGCAGGUCAAGGCGGCCGAGGCGGCCGGGGCGGCCAAGCGCGACGUAAGCGGGCGUGUAGUAGUGCCGGGAUUUAUCGACGGACACAUGCACCUCCUCAUGCUGGGCCAGUCCCUGCAGAAGGCCGGCCUGGAGGGUUGUAAGAACCUUGAGGACAUCCGGCAGACCAUCAAAGAGUUCGCAGCGUCGCAUCCGGGGGUGGCCCGGAUCAUGUGCAAAGGGUGGAUGCACUUCAUGACCAACGGCGAGGCCUUGGCUAGCAUGAUCGACGAUUUGGACCCCAGACCCAUCUUCAUCGACUCUAAGGAUUUGCACUCUACUUGGUGCAAUACAGCCGCCUUAGAAGAACUGGGCAUCCAAGACACGCCCGACCCGGAAGGCGGCAAGAUCUAUCGCGACGAGAAUGGCAAGCCGACUGGGCUCCUCACCGAGGCCGCCGCCGUCACCAUUGUCUGGCCGCAUAUUGCCAAAGUGAUGCCGCUGGAGGAGAAGCUAGCGGCACUCGACGGCGCUAUCAAGGCAUAUCACAAGGUCGGCUACACGGGACUCGUCGAGCUAGCGAUGGACGAGAACGGGUGGGACACCUUACAGCAGUUGCGCCGCAGAGGGCCCGUACCGAUGAGGAUUGCGGCUUACUGGCUCAUCACCCCCCGGAAGACAGAGGCCGAGAACCUCGCGCAAGUCGAUCGCGCGAUCGAGCUCAACCGCCAAUUUAACGCCGACACGAGCCCGGACUGCCGCAUCGCCGGUAUCAAAGUCAUCGGCGACGGCAUAGUCGACGGCUGCACCGCCGGGCUCUCGGAACCCUACACGUCGAACGGCAAGUCGGUCGAUCCGGUAUGGUCGCUCGAGGAGCUGGGACCCGUCGUCAAGAAGGCCGACGCCGCGGGGCUGCAAUGCGCGCUGCACGCCAUCGGCGACAAAACCAUACGGGUAGCCAUCGACGCGCUCGAGCACAACGCGACGCCAGGCCGCCGGCACCGCAUCGAGCACCUCGAGCUCGCGUCGCCCGAGGACGCGGCUCGGCUCGGCAAGCUGGGCAUCACCGCGUCGAUCCAGGCGGUGCAUGCCGACCCGGCGAUCUUGCGGGCGUGGCCGUCGCUGCUAGGGCCGUCGCGCUGCGAGCGGGCGUUCGCGUACCGCGAGUUCGCCGACGGCGGCGCCGUACUGGCCCUGGGCUCGGACGCGCCGACGGCACCGCACUCGCCGCUCAAGAACGCGUACACGGCGACGACGCGGCGGUCGGCGCGCGAGCCCGAGCUGCCCGACCGCGUCAACCCGCGCUUCGCGCUCGAGCUGGCGGCAGCCGUCGCGGCAGCCACCGAGGGGUCGGCAUACAGCACCUUCACGGACCGGUGGACGGGCAAGCUCGAGGCCGGGCGGGCAGCGGACUUCGCGGUGGUGGACAUGGAGUGGGACCAGGACAAGCUGCUCGAUGCCAGAGUGGUGCAGACCUGGUUCAAGGGCGAGAAGGUAUUCGACGCCGAGGCCUAAGCUGGCUGGGGUGAACCAGACCGGCACUGACACCGACACUGCCCAAGACGUUGGCGGUGGCUGUGUCGCCUCGGCAUGCGUGCGUCAGUAUGGCGGGUAGGUAGCGGAAGCCGGUUGUCUCGCGCCGGUCACCCCACCAUUCGCCGUCAACCAACUCGCCCUACGCUACCAGCUUGCUGGUUCCAGCCAGCCUCUGGGGCUCCAGUUGUAGUCACGUAC